AUGAAAUGGUUCCUUUGGGGUCACGGUAACGUAUCUAAAGGAAGAGCUAAAGUAGCAUGGAAAGAGGCUUGCAUCCCAAAACUCGAGGGUGGAUUGGGGAUUCGGCGUAUUUCAGAUGUAAACAAGUCCUUGAUGGCGUAUCAUAUUUAUAGUCUUCUAGCGGGCAGAGAGUCUUUGUGGACUAACUGGGUUCGUAACUAUAGGCUUCGUGGCCGUAGUUUAUGGGAUGUUCCGAUUCAAGCCAACUCCCCUUGGGGUUGGAAGAGGCUAAUGAAAUGCAGGCAUAUUUUUCGGGAGUUUUUGUGGUGUAAAAUUGGAAAUGGCCAGACUGCUUUUCUUUGGUUUGACAAAUGGAGUGCUGAAUGUCCGCUUGCAAAUAUUGUUACCCCUCGCCAAAUGGCCAGAUACGGAUAUUCUAUUAAAUCAAAAGUUGUUGACGCGAUUCAUAAUGGUGAGUGGGCUUGGCCAGAAGAAUGGAGGACGGAGGAAACUUUGGACACAAGACCUUAUUCGAGAUCAGUAUGGCAUAGUGUGCGGAACAAAGUUGACAUGAACUCGGUUCAGGAAUCGUGGGAUGAGAUCACGAGUUGGCUGGUUCAGAGAGCAAAGUCAAAAGCUAUUUAUGCGGUGGGUAGCAGAUUGCUUGUUGCAGCGGCGGCUUAUACCAUUUGGAAUGAAAGGAACUCGAGAUUCUUUAGUAACAAGCUGAGGCCUCCGGAGAAGAUUGUUGACAUUAUUAUAAACAUGGUGAGAACGAAAUUAAUAUCCUUCAAGUACAAGCAAACAUCCAAUGUUAAGCGCUUUUUGGAGGAGUGGAAGCUGAACAAGGAAGACCUUCUUGAAGAUUGA